AUGGCCCGACGAUCGAGCAAGAGCUCAGCGUCUCGCCCAGCGCUGAGCUCUCGUCCAGCUGGCUCAAUACGUAUCGUGAUGCCCUCUACCAAAAGCGCACCUCCCACAGACCCUGCGCCCGUCGUCACAGAGGAAGAUGUCAACAAGAUCAACAUCGCCGACCUGACUCUCGACGUCCCUCUUAUUCCUCUCCGCCCCAAACGCCGAGUCCCAAAAACACCAUUCCACUUUCUCUCACUGCCCGCCGAAGUGCGCAUUUCGAUAUACACAUACUUCUUCGAUGAUGUCGAUAAGCUUUUAGAUCUCGGUCCUCAGAAUUACAAGCGCGUGCAUAAGAAAUUAGGUCUUAUGCGCGUUUGUAGGCAGGUUCAUGAUGAGGCGACUUUCGCGUUUUAUAGCACACGGACGUUUCGAUUGUUUCCGACGUACCCUGGAAAAUACUUCAAGAGCAAGAAGCCUCUCCUGGCGAGGUUGAAGCCGCAGCAGCGCAAGUGCGUUACGUCUCUUGAGUUGAGACUUGGACCUGGAUGGAAUGCGCCGCCGAGAGGAUGGGUUGUUAACCCCGCGCUGGGGCUCUCUGACUGUGUUGACGUUGAGUGCUUGAACGUAUUUGUGGAGUGUGACCCUAGCGACAACAUCUUCCAGGGUUGGCGUCGCUCAGAUGGAUUCUACGAGGGCUUCAGCCGAAAUCUCCUGACCGAUGUCAUAGAGGCCCUGCCAUCUGUUCACGCAGUCCAGUUUGACGGCUGGACUAGCGUUAAGAAGUCCGGUGAUAUGAUGCAGGGUCUCAUGGGCGUCGUCAACGAAGCUGGUUUAGCCAUUGAAUGGGGCCCUGAGAGAGGAUGGACUGACACCUCUGUUGAUGAGGAAGAAGAGACUCAGAAAGUGGGCUAUCCUGAAGGGUUCCCUCACCCCGGAUAUGAGGCUCAUGGCUUACUGGCUUUGGCCUGA